AACGGAGAACGGAAAGGUCACUGCAGAAUGGUACUGCAGUGAACGUGAAGAGUGCAACGGCUAUAAGGAUGCCGUCGACAAAGAAAGAAAGUGGACCGGCUAUAUGGAUGCCGCAACCACAGCAAACGGCUAUAUGGAUGCCGCCACAGCAAAUUGAAACGGCUAAAUGGAUGUCGACAUUGCAAAAGGAAAUUGAAACGGCUAUAAGGAUGCCGUCACAGCAGCAAAACGAACUGGUUAUCGGGAAACCAGUACAAGUGGAUAAAAGGUCACCGCAGAAUGGUACUGCGAGUGGAAAUCGUCGUGACGGUAGCGCGACACUGCGAACAGCGCAGCAAAAUGAAAGGUUACCGUAUUGCAGCGAAAAGGUGUUAGCUGAACGCCGUGCAUUACGCAAUGCGAAGAUUCAACAAGCGAUGCUGAAUCAGAAGAAGCCGCAGAAUAGCACUACAGAAGAGGAUGAAGAAGUGCACCAUUCGAAAUUCCGAGAAUAUAUGGAAGAACACGGCAUACUGAAUCACCAGAGGUCACCUUCCGUAGGAAAAGUCCAGGUGAAAAGUAAAGGAGCAAGUGCGAACGCUAAAGGUCACGGUGAAAGCGCCGUGCUAAAAGGUCAAGAAACAGACUUGACACUGCGAACAGCGCAGCAGAAGAAUAGCGAACUGGCACAACAAAACUCCGAUGACUCACUUGUGGAUGCAGUAACGCUGCAACGGAAGGAAAUAUGGCAAAAAGUAGCCUACAGACCGAAUGGGAAUCACGGGAUGUGGGUACCCGUAACGCCAAAAGCGAAGCAGAAAGCGAGAAUGUCACAAGAGGAUUACUGGGAUAUGCAACAGUUGCGAACGCAAUGUGAAAGAAAGCGAUUAGAAGAGUUGGUUACCGGGAAACCAGCGCAAUCCAACCCAGUUCCAGUAUUCAAUGCAGAGGAAUAUAAGAAGAUAUUCGCCGACUGGAACUACUCACGUCCGACGUGCCAAGAGGAGGAAUUUGAUGAGAUUCCAAAUUUCGAGGACUACAAGAAGGAAUUUGACACGAAAGAACCAGCAAUUGAAAUUGGACAGUUGUUCCUGCAGAUGGUGGAACAGAGGGAAAAACGGUUAAAGGUCACCUCAGCUACGGCGAAUGAGUCGGCUGAGCCAGAAGUAAACGUAAACGUGAACCGCGUAAAAAGCUGGUUGCCCACCGUUAGUGACUUAAAGGUCACUGGACUUGAUGCGGAAUCUAAAAAGCAGAAUGAAAAGGUCACGGGACCUGACGAAACAAAGGAGAUUAAAGAUGACCUUUGGGAAACGGACAAAGUUACUCAAGCGCUGAAUGAAUGCCCAAUUAAGCUGUUGCGAUUCCCGAAACAGAUGAAAAAAAGAUGA